CUCGCGGUGCAGGUGGUGCUGGCUGCUGCUGUCCUCCUUGGCUAUGGCUGCCAGAAGGCGUCCGCUCUCAGCAUAGCAAAUGAGCAGCAGCUAGCAGCUGCCAUCAACGGGACGGCUGGCGUUACGGCCACCAUCACGGCCGACAUCGUUCUCACCAAAGCUCUGCCGACUAUUCUCCACUCUAUAACCAUCAAGGGAGGGUGCGGCGGCCGCAAGUGCGUCAUUGAUGGAGGGGGCAAGUUCGGCAUUUUCGCGGCUUACGGGGCGGCUCCUGAAUGCUCUGUGACCAUUAAGAAUUUGUUAUUGCGCAACGCUGCUGAUAUGCCGGCUUACACUGGCAAGUGCAACUUGCAUUUGAAAGGAGUCGAAAUUAAGAACAACGUGGCAGGCGGGGUGGUGGUCGGACUGGGAGCUUCCACGUGGCACAUCCACGGCUGUUUGUUCGAGGGGAACAGCGCGACAGGUGUUGGCGGCGGGUUUCUGGUCACCUCUUCGGGCCGAGGACGACUCGAAAAGACCACGUUCAAGUCCAACAAGGCGACCGAGGAUGGCGGGGGCGUGUACAUCCAUGCGCAGCCGGCAAACACGGAUGGUUACGUCCUCGAUCACGUGACCUUCGACUCGAACACGGCUGGGAGGAGUGGCGGCGGCAUGUACGUAGCAGGAAUGUCGCAGGCUCCGGCGGCGAAGGUGUUUGUCUCGCGGUGCAAGUUCACGAAGAACGUGGCGACCGGCGCCGAGGGCGGCGGGCUGGCACUCAGCGUGUUGAUGGAUGCGCGCAUCUGUCACACCACCAUCGCCGACGGUGGGAACACAGCAAACGGCGGCCAAGGCAACGACCUCGCUCUGUUGGACGGCAACUAUGACCCUCAAAUGAGCGUCUCUUUCUGCCCUGAACACCCGAAAUCUCUCUCCCUCCAUAUCACCAACGUUACCAACCCCCCGAUCGUCCGCCAUCACUGCGUGGUUUGCGAUUUGCCGAAGUAAGGGAAUUUUACGUAAGCCUGAUCGCAGCCGCUUAGUCUACAGUGGCCCCCGACACUGCUACCUCGGUGCCUCUGGCGGUCCGUCCAAGGGCAUACGCGUGAGGUAUGCUUCAUAUCCUGACGUUUUGGGGGGCCGGAAAUAGCUCUCUUUCCGCCGAAAUUUCCGGCAUUGUGUGUUUGUGUGCGCGCGCGCGCGCGCGCGCGCGAGAGAGAGAGAGAGAGAGAGAGAGAGAGGGGAGGCUGCGCUUGGCUGAGUUCUCAAUUCGUAACAGGAAAUUGUCGAUUGGGUGUCGGGACGGAAGAAGACACCGAUGGGUUUCCUAGAAGAGUGUUUUGUAGAAAAAAAAUAAAAAAAACAUGUUUUGAGUAGGUGGUCAGGUGCAUGACGUGAACCUGGCGGUCUACGCAGUGUAGAUACCUUCAGAGCGGCCAAUUUAUCUCUGUCCUCGGUGUCCUGAUAUCUAAGGCAGUGGCCGUAUGAGAGGCAUCCGACUUCAGAAAAUCCGAUCAACAAUCCUGACCGUCGUUCAGGCAACGUAGUUUCUUUCUUUGACUCAGAGUUUCUUUUUUUGACUCUUGGAUGAAAUUUCACAUCAGAUUAUACGGUAUCUUUGCUUUCACGGAAUC